UUUGAAAGUGUUACGGUGUGAAAGUUUUGAAAACUUCGAUUAGCAUUUAUCUAUAUAUUUUUUUUCUAUCGACCGUCGAAACACCAGAAAGAAGAGAAAAUGGAAAACAGAAUCCUCACGCACCUCGACCCCAAAGUCAUGUGGCCGACUGUCGGCUGCCUCCUCUUCUUCUGCUUCUGCUUCCUCGUCUGCUGCGUCUUCUGCUGGAGCGACAAGUGCUCCAAGAAGAGGGGGAAGAAGAACCAGGACCCGAACUCCGACAAGCAGCCAGCGCUUGAGAUGACGUCAUUCUCCACCCCGGACGAUCACGUGACCAUGGAGGGUCCGCCGCUCCCCUCUGCCCCCCACCCGGUCCCUUUCCCCCUCGUACCCGCCCUACCCGGGGUGCCCCCUCCCCUGCCCCCCUGCUCAUGCACCGGCCCAGGCUACGUCUCCGCGAGCCCCUGGCUAAGCAGCGGCGCCCCUCGGGAGACGUGGUCCCAGCCCUCGCUCCCUUCCUCGGCGUCGCGACCCCGCCCCGCGCGGCAGAUCCCCUCCUCCGGCAUGGCCUUCCUCAGCCACAAGGACUACGAGGAGUACGUGGACCGGACGUCGCCCAAGAAGGGGGACGGCAGGAGGAGGAAGCGGGACGGCCCUUGGGACUUCGUGAACCCCGUCUUCGAGGAGGACUUCCCGGACCUCGACGUCAUCCCGAGCGACGACUUGGUGGAAGACUACAUGGACAAAGAGGCGCAGAGGAGGCAGCGGGAGGAGGAGGAGAAGGCUGAGAGGAGGCGCGGAGGACGGGAGAGAGAGAAGGAGGCGAGAGGAGAGAGACGAAGGCCGGAGGAGGAGAGCAGGACGCGCUGGGUGGAAUUCCACGAGAAGAAGACGAGGUUCGGCGACGAGCGCGAGGACGAGCGGAAGAAAACGGGAUUCCGUCUCCGGGAGAAGGACCUGUCGCAGGAGGAGGAGGCCGAGGACGAGGAGGUGGUCGUUGUCAUGUCGCUGGAGGAGGACGACUACGGGGAGAACGACUUCUACGGGUCUCGCGUCGAGGCCUGGUCACCCGAGAGGCGGAGGAGCGCCGAGAGCUCGAGCAGCGGCGGAGCGAGGGUUCCUUCGGGCGGCCCGGCUGGCAGCGGUUCCAGGGGCGCGACCGACCCAACUUCGGCGUCCGGAGGCAGUUCCCGGGCGGCGGCGGGGCGGAGGCGAGGCGGGCCGGGCCGUGAGGGCGCCGCGAAAUGAUGGGAAAAGAAAUCUGGUCUUCUCCUUCUAAAAUAGUCUUGGUAUUAGGCAUAUAUAUAUUUUUUUUAUGUCAGAUAUACCAUUUCCCUUCAUUUGCAUAUUGGAAUUUAUUCUAACUCCGGAGGCUUUCAGAGAUUCCUGUUGUCCGUAAGAUACCAAUAGGCUUGCGUUUCAAGAAGAGUAAUGGAUCGGCGCGAGUCCGCAAAUGUACACAUGUAUACAUACAUACAUAAAAUA